GUAAGAUCCGGCUCUAGGUCAUGAUGCCACCUUUUGCGAAGUGAGAGAAGACGGGGAAAUGGAAGCAGGUCCAGACCAUCACGCAAAAAAAAAAAAAAAAAAAAAAAAAACCCCAUCAUCCGCUGGAGAUGCUGGAGGUCCUGCAGAAACACAAAGGAUCAACUUUUGGAUGUGACGAAAGUGUAAAUGACUGUAUACUAGAUUGGCGCUACAUCCGGGAGCAAUGCGAUGGUGUCGUAGGAUAAGGAGUCGGUUUAACGCUCCAGAGAAGCGCGAUAGACACAUUCACUGUGAGACGAUUUUAGAUGAACGAAACAAUGGCCGGUGCGUCUUCGGAAACAACGAUAUACACCUACGACAAGAGGGCCAAGGACAAGGUGCGAAAAUCUGGUGACAGCGCCAAAAGGAAAGCGGUUCAGUUAGGCGAAGAGGCCCGCGUGUUUUCGGCUGUCGUCCACUUCAACCCAACACAUGGACGUCUAGAGGGGGCCAUACACGUCCCCGAAGGCCAAAGCAUUCCGGACGUGAACGGAUUUUUGGCGGAACUUCUGAACGGCUUGCACAGCACGAGUCGAACACGCGACCCACAGCGGGCCCAGAUGCAAGAUCAGCCCGCACAGGCCACACAAGGAGGCGGCGGCGUCGAGAUCGACGCCGCAGACGUCUCCCACUACAUCGCUGCCGACAGGAACAGCGCUACUUCGGCCGGCUAUCCGAACGCCGGUCAUGGCGGUACUCUCACAGCAACAAGAGACUGCGAUGAUGAGACGCAGCGUAACGGGGGUGUGGGAAACGAUUGGGCCGUCCGGGGUGCGAGCCGGGCUUUCGAAAACCACGAAAUGCCCGAUGGCGCCGUCGCUGAUGGUGUGGGUGGACAUGAUACGUCAAUCCGCAUGUUUGACGUCGGUAGGCAGGACGUCUUUGGGAUGGAGGAGGCUGGAAACAAAAUGCAGACCGGACGAUCCAAGAACCUCUCACAUUGGCAAACGGUGAUGGCAAAAAAUGCGAAAGCCCCGACUGCACAAGUGACGCGUGCUGGCUCCGCCGAAAACCAAGCGCGGAUAGUGCAACGGUUUUUGAGACAAGUGUCUCUGCGCAUGCGGCUCGCAACCAGACAGGAACGGCUACCGCUACACCGGAUCGCUCACCAAGCCAGAUGGAGAAGUACAUCGUAGCUUGUUUGAAGGCGCCGAAACCUAACGCAUGGUGUGCCGGGCGAAUCGUCUAGUUUUUGCAGUGGAAUGGAUUUUGUCAUGACGCAGUGGGAUGAUCUACCCAUGUAGUUACUUUUCUUUUUUCCUUUUUUAUGGGAGAUCGUUCCAGUGCGUGCCGUGAGGCGGCAGACCGCGUUGACGAGUCCUUCCUAGAAAAACCAUUGCACGAUAUAUCGCCCGUAGAACGUAGCAUCAUCACUAGACAGCGACUAUAAAGUGGGGUGUAUUGAGUAAUCGUUGUUAUUUCUAUCAACCUCGUUGUGUCGUUCUCAGAGGUCGAAGACAGGACUGAUGCGCGGGCGGUAUCCGCCUGUUCCUAGGCCGAUGUGCUUCGGCGGCCGUGCACCUCCGUGUACCCGGUUGCUUUGGCGCAAUCGAAGCAAUAAAACAAGUUGUAUCCAACCUGGACCAUGUUCGCGUCUUCGAGGUCGUCAGUUGAGGUGAGCUCGGCCAGCUUGCGACAGUGCAUACAACGAAGCUUGAUAAUCGUAGGCAUAGACAUGACGGAGACC